AUGAUAAGAAAAAGAAAAGGCACCACCACGUCCGUUACCGACGUUGGAACCCUUAAACAGAUUCACUCCUUAAUGAUCGUUAAUGGUUUCGCUACCAACGUUGCCUUCCUUCGGAAACUCGUUCUCGCUGCAGCCUUGUCAAUGGUUGGUCCAGCGGCCAAAGCCGCCGUGACACAAUACGCACUCCAAAUGUUCGCUCAAAUUCCCCAACCAGACACCUUCAUGUGGAACACCAUCAUCAGAGGCUCUUCUCAGAGCCAAGAUCCGGUGCAAGCGGUUUCACUGUAUGCCCAAAUGGACCAGCGUUCCGUAAAGCCGGAUAACUUUACUUUCCCAUUUGUUCUCAAGGCUUGCACCAAGCUCUCUUGGGUCAACACUGGUUCAACAGUUCAUGGUCGGGUUUUGAGGCUUGGGUUUGUUUCAAAUGUGGUUGUAAGGAAUACCCUUUUGGUUUUUCAUGCUAAAUGUGGAGACUUGAAGAUUGCGACUAGGAUUUUUGAUGAUUCGGAUAAGGGGGAUGUGGUUGCUUGGUCUGCACUCAUUGCUGGGUAUGCCCAAAGAGGGGAUUUGAGUGUUGCGCGGAAACUAUUUGAUGAAAUGCCAAAUAGAGAUUUAGUGUCAUGGAAUGUGAUGAUUACAGCAUACGCAAAGCAUGGGGAGAUUGAGUGUGCUAGAAAACUUUUUGAUGAGGCUCCUGUGAGGGAUGUCGUCAGUUGGAAUACCGUUAUAGGUGGUUAUGUGCUCCGUGGCUUGAACCGGGAGGCAUUGAAGUUGUUUGAUGAAAUGUGUGGAGUUGGGGAGUGCCCGGAUGAGGUAACAAUGUUGAGCUUGGUGUGUGCUUGUGCUGAUUUGGGGGAUUUAGAGAGUGGUGAGAAGGUGCACGCCAAGAUCAUGGAAAUAAGUAAGGGAAAGUUGAGCACAUUGUUGGGAAAUGCUCUUGUUGAUAUGUAUGCUAAGUGUGGAAAUAUUAGGAAAGCAAUUCGUGUGUUUUGGUUGAUAAGAGAUAAAGAUGUAGUAUCGUGGAACACGGUCAUUAGUGGGUUGGCCUUUCAUGGCCAUGCUGAGGAAUCUCUUGGUCUUUUCAGCGAAAUGCAGAGGACCAAGGUUUGUCCAGAUGAGGUCACUUUUGUUGGUGUUUUGGCAGCUUGUAGUCAUGCUGGGAAUGUUGAUGAAGGAAAUCGUUAUUUUCAUCUUAUGAGAAAUAAGUACAAGAUUGAGCCAAACGUUAGGCAUUGUGGAUGUGUGGUUGACAUGCUAGGACGGGCUGGUCUUUUGAAGGAAGCGUUUGAUUUCAUAGGCUCCAUGAAAAUUGAACCUAAUGCAAUUGUUUGGAGGAGUGUGCUUGGAGCUUGCAAAGUUCAUGGAAAUGUGGAGUUGGCAAAACAAGCAAAUAAGCAGCUGCUUAGAAUGAGAGGAGACCAAAGUGGGGACUAUGUGUUACUGUCAAAUGUAUAUGCUUCACAAGGUGAAUGGAAUGGGGCUGAGAAAGUUAGGAAGCAAAUGGACGACAAUGGUGUCACAAAAAAUCGCGGUUCUAGCUUUGUUGAGGCAUACAGUUGA